AUGGAUCCUCUCUCUAUCACUGCAGCUGUAGUGGGUAUAGCCACUGCAGUAGGCCAAGCGGGUUCUAUCACGAAGAAGCUUUCCUCCUUCCGGAAUGCACCCGACGAAGUCUUGGGACUCGGGAAUCAGGUGACAGAUCUGAGUGCCGUUCUGACCGUCAUUGGAGAUGCUGUGCGCGUCCUUCAACCAUCUCAUGAUGCGGAGCUCUCGGACAGUCUUGGUAGCCUUCACAACUUCCAUCAGAUACUAGCCCGAGUGCAAGGCAUUCUUCAGGAGCUGGAUGAUCUUAUACAGACUCGGCUUCUGAAGCCUGGAGAACUCAACCCGGACGGAAGUCCCAAAGUAUCCCGUCGAGGAUGGGCUUCCCAGAAGGACCAUCUCAUGCGCCUUUGCGAGCAUCUCAAAGACAGUCGGCUCAAUCUCGUCGUCAUCAUGAAUGCACUGAACAUCCUUCAAGGGCACCAACACCGUGCAGAGAUUGUUCUAUGUAUCCAGGAAGUGGUUGCCAACGAAACGACACACCUGACCACGCACCUGGAGGACGAUAUGGGCAGUUCUUUCGUCGAUCUGGUCAUCCAAUCGCAUCUCGAAUCGCAAACGGACCCAGGAGCCACCCAGCCUUCGUAUUCCUUCAUGCCAUACUUGGAGCAUAAAGACUUUUGGGCGGGCCUUCAAAUGAGUGUUCUCCACAAGAUCAUCCUUAACAUUAGUGACGCGGAUCUGGCCACUCAGCUUGACCUUGACAGCUCUGCAUUGAACAUGAAAGACCGCUGGGGUAGGACACCGUUGUUCUGGGCAGUGUCGAGAGACGAUUGUACAAAAGUCCGCCUACUACUGCAAUGGAACGCUGAUGUGCACAUUGCGGCUGAUGAUGGCGAGCAGCCAUUGCACGUUGCGGCCAGAAGCGGCUGUAUGGACUGUGUAUCCAUGUUACUCGAUCGAGGAGCGUCAGCAAGAUGUACUGAUCUGAUGGGGAGAACCCCGCUUCACAAGUUGACCAAAGCCCUUAAUGGGGACAUUGAGGCUGCAGUAUUGCUACUGAGUCACGAUGUUGAGAUUGAUGCCGAAGACGGAGAUGGGAAUACCCCGCUUAUUGUUGCGAUUCUAAGAGGGCGUCACCAGCUUACGCUGAAGUUCCUCGAACAUGGAGCUGACAUCGAGCGUCGAGAUCGAGACACUAAUCAGUCAGCCAUCAUGACCGCCAUCAUAUGGGAUAGGCCACAAGCUGUCCGCGUGUUGAUUGAAAGGGGCGCAAGACUGGAUCUACUCACCUACAGUGAUAGCAGCGUUCUGCAUUUAGCCGCUAUAUAUGGGGACGUGGAAGUUAUGAACAUUCUUACUGACGCCAAUAUCCAAGGUGUCGACGUUAACGGCCGUAACAUACUCGGAUGGACUCCGUUGGAGGAUUUUGAGACUUUCCGAACGGACUGGUAUACCGGUAUCGCCGACCUGGAUGUGGAGCGUCCUCACUUUGAGCGUCUGCUUGCUAGUGUACAGGAGACAUGGUAUGACUGUGAGGAGUAG